AUGGGCCACAAUUUCAGGCGCGCAAAGUGGGAAAACCAGCCGCUGACUUCAUCCAACCACGAAUGUUUUCUGAACCCGGCGAACACCAUUUUGACUUUCCAAGGUCACCCCAGAGUUCACUCUGCCCUUGCCAAGAAAAUUCUUGUGAAAGAGGAUGAUGUUUAUAAUAGAACUUCGGAGGAGGAGAUGAUACAGGAAGAGCUGCUCAAGCUGGAACAGCCUGAUGGUGUUGCGAUACUGCGAAGAGUCAUUGAGUGGACAGACGAGUAA